CAGAAACCGGAGCCGGAAGCCGAUGUCGGUGUUUCUUCGAUGACGCAGUGGCGUAAGCGUAGAUCUUUAUGGUAGGGUCCGUAGGUUCGGAGGUUCGGUUCGUUUCGCGACUCUCUCACCACGAAUACGGCCAACAGAAACGGGUGUAAACGGUAACGUAAAAUGGCGAUUCGGAGUUGUUAUUUACUCGUACGUAGCACAACAAAAUAAUUGUCCAUAAGAAGCGCGUGGAUAUUCGUGGAAUUUAAAACGCGACCGCGUGCUUACCUGUACACGCGGAAACGGCCAACGGUUUCAUUACGCGGACACACUGACUUCAACAGAUAUGAUAUUGCUGGACCGGUGUGAUAAUCCAGUGUAGUAUCCAUAUAACGUUCAAUAAAACAAUAACGUCUAUCGCUGUAUAUUUGUUGGCAAAAGAAAAAAAAGGAAAGGGAAAGAAAGAGCAUUUGGACGCAUCAAGAGUCUUUCGAGACUAUGGCACAGUAUUAUAACAUAGUUACCAAUGUCAAUGGUAGAUUAACUCUAGAAGAGGUAGAGGGUGUUUGUUCCGCGGAUGGACAAAGUGUGCAAUUAGUUAUCAAGGAUGAGAAUAACGGCGGUGGUGACAAUUCUCAGCAAUUUUUGACGUACGCGACUGCCACAGUACCACAAAACAGCAGCAGUCAAGCGUUGUUUUCGCACCAAAUCAAUUUAGGGGGUCAGAUAUCUGUCACGCAGUUGGAACAAGGACAGAACGUAGUUCUAAUUAAAUCAAACACGAAUGUGUCAACAAGUCCUUCCCAAGAGGUAUUAAAGACUAGUGCAGUGAACGCUAAUACAGUAGAGAGUGAUAUUGUCCACAUUGUAGAUAACGAAGGUUCUAAGCCGCUGGUAGGAUGUAACAAUGCUGAAGAACUGAUACGAACGAUAAAGAUGCAAGAGAAUAGCAUUACUUUAAAUGCUGUUACAAAACAAGGUGCAUCAUUGUCAGAGAAAACUGAGACUGCCACUUUAGUAGAUAAUCAAAAUAGUCCUUCUCCCCAAAAUCCUCUUCACGGAUCCUGCGAAUUAUUACCACUAAAUCCCGGCACGUAUUUAAAAAGGCACUUGCUUAGGUUGCACCAAAACCGAAGCAGAUUCUCAACGGGAAGCAUACAACAACAAGCAACGUCUCUAGAUAGGGUGAACGUAACAAAUAACAUCGGAAGUCCACAGAAAGCUAAUGCGUCCAACGUCAGGUUGUCGGCACAGCCUUCGUUUUGCAAUAGUAAAACCACUGGUAGUCCCUUCGGACAGAAUGUGACACAGAUCUCCCCGUAUUUCCAAACAUCUCCGAACGCACUCCACGCAAAGCCUCCAGCUGCCAAUAUCUUGUCCACGAAUCCGCAACAAGAUAAGAAAAUGGAAACAAGAUUGAAACAGCUACAAGGCCCAAAAAAUGACCAGAGAACUCUGAAGGGUCCUAGCCAGCAGCAGAAUUCAUUGCAUAAACAGAUGUCCUCGUCCUCCCAGUCGCAGUUGCACUAUCAAAAACAAAAUAUUCCACAGUCACCGCUUUCGCCUCCUAAAGAUGCCAUGGAAAUCGAGUCGCCGGAGUCUCCGCCGCCCAAAAAUCCUGCGUAUCAAUCACCGCAGACGGAUUCGAACAACCAAUGUGAGAGCGUGGCUUAUUUUCAAAGUAUGAUACACGAUCCGAGUACCACGAAGGUUCAGAGCCAGAUACACGGAAACAACGCAAAAAUGCUGGCAUUGUUCUCGAAUGGCGAGAAGAGAUUAAUUACGUUCGACAUACCGAACGAAGAUUGCACUGUUCAGGAUUUACUGGAACAGUGUACUUCACAGGCGAACAUUGUAUAUUACGGGAAGAUAAAUGUUUCCUUGGUCUCUGAUCCUACACUGGGCAUAAAUUACAUCGUGGAGGCUGGUCCCGGUGCUGUUAUAUCGCAAGAUAUGUGCGAUACCGAUGAUUCUCAUGAUAAUUCUAGUAGUAAUUUAGAUGCUGCUCAUAGCUCGCCGGAUGAAAAUAUUAAUCCUGUACAACAGAAUGAGGAGCCUGUAUACGUUGAAGGAAAGUUGGCCGUUUGUUCUCACUGUGGUAUUAGUUCCAUUGAUUUUAAUCGAUGUUCAAGAUGUAAAAGAAAACUACCAAAAGAUGUAAAAUCCAUACCAUUGACCAUGGGCACGCAGGAGAAAAAACGGUCAAUGAUAUCUGUUGAUACAUUUUACAAGAAGAACAACGAAAGAAAUUCCUCAGCAAAAUUAGAAAAAUUGGAACGAGACGGUACCGUUUACAAACGCGGGAGGGGUAGAGGGAGAGGCAUGUCGAGACCUAGGCCUAUUCACAAAGAACCAGAAUGCUUAACCAUAUCGUCGGACGAUGAGGAGGAGGGUAAAUCCAAAAAAUUCGACGGCUCUAGUAACAAUUCGUUUGGAAACGACGGUAGUAAUAGCUUUAAUGAAGAGAUGGAGACUAUUCUUGAAAAGGAGCCUGUGAUCACAAAUAAUUCUAUCUCUGGUGUGAGUUCUUCUGAUUAUGCAAUGAAUAAUGAAGAUAUUAAAGAUAAUUCCUUACAAGCCCCUCAUACAUCUUUAUUGUGUCGGACAGUGAGGAUAGGCUCAUAUAAAUAUAUUCCUCGAGAGCGAAUAGUAAUUUCGUCGACCGGUAUAAGGUUCGGUGUACCAUUAUUAGAAGAUGAUAAAACGUUUGUAUCAUUAGAAGUUAAGAUUCAGGAUAUUGUCAAAGUGUUAGUCCAUUUCGGUAAAUCAAUGCCAGUACUUUUCUUUUAUACAUCUAUUAACACUGGAGCCAUGAUCCGGGAAUUAUUAGGAAUGCAGGAUCCGAAGGGCCCUUACUAUGAUCCUGCUGGAAAAGAUAACACGCAUAAGCGUAUAACUUUACUGCCAGAAAAAUUGUCGGAGGAAGCGAGAGCCGUAUUAAAAAGUUUAUUCUCGUCGAAGCGAUUAUUAGAAGAGCUGAAUUCGAAGGAAGCGAACGAUAUCCUCGUGCGUGCUUCUCCAAAAGAUAGUUCACAGAUUCAGAGUUUAACUAGAAGGGAAAGUGUUACAGGAUCGACGAAUAAUUCAAACUCCAAUGGUGGUAUACAAACGAUAACCGUGUAUCCACCACCACCGGCAAAGGGUGGCAUAGCGAUCAACACUGAGGAUUACUUGUGUCUCGGAGAGGAUCAGUUCUUAAACGAUGUGAUCAUCGACUUUUAUUUGAAAUAUCUGACGCUCGAGGUUCUUUCGGAAUCGGAUCAGCAAAGAACCCACGUGUUCAGUUCGUAUUUUUAUAAACGAUUAACAAGCCCGCAUGCUCAAGCGGCUGAGAACAACGUACAGUUACUAUCGCCAGCUGCCAAAAGACACGCGAGGGUACAGAAGUGGACUAAGAACGUCAAUAUAUUUGAAAAAGAUUUUAUCAUUAUUCCCAUUAAUGAACAUGCUCACUGGUUUUUGGCCAUCAUCUGCUUUCCCGGAUUAGUGGGGGACGUGAUAAUUUCCCGGAACAAACGUUCGGAUGAAAACGACGUUCGUAAAACCGUACAGAAGAGUAAAAAGUUGAAAGAAGUAAAGCUUCAGGCUGUUACGAUUGGGGCUUCUACAUCGGUGACGACGACUAUAACUAUAGAUCAAAGUGACGAUGGUUCGGAGAGAGAUGAGGCUGAGGGCGAUGACGAGGAAAUGGAAAUGGACAGUGACGAUGAUGAUGAAUCGGAGACUGCGGAAAAUAUGAAUUCAUCCAAAAUGGAGCAAGAUGUGCCGCAAAAUGACACAAUAAAAGUACCAUGCAUAUUGAUAUUCGAUUCUCUCGCUGGAGCGAGUAGAGCGCGAGUUGUAGCGACGUUAAGGGAUUACCUAAGUUGUGAAUACAUCGCGAAAAUGAACAGUGAGAAAGUGUUUUCAAAGGAUACAAUCAAAGGCGCAUCGUUAAAAGUUCCUCAGCAAUCAAACUACACAGACUGCGGAUUAUAUGUGUUACAAUACGUGGAAAGCUUCUUUAAAAAUCCGAUUAAAGACUAUACGUUACCAAUAAAGACAUUAAAGAAUUGGUUCGAAGAAAUAGUCGUGACCAGAAAAAGAGAAGAGUUGUCGCAAUUGUUGGUUAAGCUCAUGAACACUACAAAAGGCGACAAAAAUAUUACGCUUCCUGUAGUGAAUUUCCCUACGCAAGACGGUAAAUUGAAAAUGAAAACUGAGAGUAACGUCGAGAAGAAGGCGGAUGGAGACGACAAUAGUAAAAAGAAAAUAAUCUCUGCUGAUACGGAGAAUCGCGUUAGUAACAACCAAUCAAAUCAAAUGGAAAGCAACGAUACCAGCACCGAAGUGAUUAUUAGAACCACCACGUAUCAGAUCAUUCCUUAUUCUCCUUCCACGAGUUCGAACUCAUCUGAAGGCAAUUCAACGGAAAUGUCCACUGAAUCUAGAACUCCUCAGGCGAGAUCAUCCAGUGAGACGAUGACCUAUUUAAAAUCUAAGCGGAUCCCGAGGCUAGCUUUGAGAGCCGAGAAUCAGGAUGAGCCUCAGGUGGCCAAAAAGCACAAAGGGGAGCCGUUUGAUUCUUGUAAAUAAAUGUUAUUAAGUUGAAUUUUUCUUUCCUUUUUUUUAUAUAAUGAUAAUGUUAGUCCACAAUGUGUGUGCAAUCGUGCACGUUUGCACACGUUCAAGGAAAAAAACAACAUGAAAUCAUUUAUGUAUGUAAUAAAUAAAUGUAGUUAAUACUUCAUGAGAUGAAUAAAAACAUCCAUCAUAACUAUAUUCCUAAUAUCUCUUAAAUGUUUAGUCUGCAUGGACCAUUUUAUAUAUUUUGUAUUAUGUAUCUGUAUUGUAUUGUAUUACAAAUAAGUUAUGUUAACGGUGUUGUCCGUAAUCGCCACAAUGGAA